CAUCACCACCGCGGCUACAGUCACCUCCAAGGCCACCAUGGAUACAGGCACUGGUGUUACCAUGGCAACCAGUGCGGCUGUUGGUACCAUGGGGGUCAGCACCACAACAGGCACCAAAGGCAGCGUCACCGUCACCACCAGUGUCACCAGUACUGGCACCAGUGUCACCAGUACAAGCAGUGUCUUCAGUGGUCCCAGUGUCACCAGUAUCACCAGUACAAGCAGUGUCUUCACUGGUCCCAGUGUCACCAGUGUGCUGAGCCGGCUCACAGCUACCAGUGCCACCAGUUCAGCCAGCGUCACCAUCGCUCCUAAGGACACCAGUGCCACCAGUGUCCAGAGCUGUCCCAGUGCGACCAGUAUGAGCAGCGUGUCCACCAGUGUGACCAGUAUGAGCAGCGUGUCCACCAGUGUGACCAGUAUGAGCAGCGUGUCCACCAGUGCGACCAGUAUGAGCAGCCUGCCCACUGCUCCCAGUGCAACCAGUAUGAGCAGCGUGUCCACCAGUGCGACCAGUAUGAGCAGCGUGUCCACCAGUGCAACCAGUAUGAGCAGUGUGUCCACCAGUGCAACCAGUAUGAGCAGCGUGUCCACCAGUGCAACCAGUAUGAGCAGCGUGUCCACCAGUGUGACCAGUAUGAGCAGCAUGCCCACCAGUCCCUGUGUGAGCAGUGCAACCAGUGCUCCCAGUGUCACCAGUGUCCUGAGCCGUCUCACAGCAACCGGUGGCACCAGUGCGACCAGUGGCACCAGUAUCCUCAGUCCAGCCAGCGUCACCAGUGUCCUGAGCCGUCCCAGUGCGACCAGUAUGACCAGUGUGCCUGCCGCUCCCAGUGUCACCAGUAUGACCAGUAUGCCUGCUGCUCCCAGUGUCACCAGUGUCCUGAGCCGUCCCAGUGCAACCAGUACGACCAGUGUGCCCACUGCUCCCAGUGGCACCAUUACUCCUAAGGAUGCCAGCGUCACCAAUGUCACCAGUGUCCUGAGCCAUCCCAGUGCAACCAGUCUGACCAGUGUGCCCUCCAGUCCCAGUGUCACCAGUGUCCUGAGCCGUCCCAGCGUCACCAGUGCGACCAGUGCUCCCAGUGUCACCAGUGUCACCAGUAUCCUCAGUGGUCCCAAUGUUGCCAGUGUCCUGAGCCGUCCCAGUGUCACCAGUGCGACCAGUGCUCCCAGUGUCACCAGUGCGACCAGUGCCACCAGUAUCCUCAGUGGUCCCAAUGUCGCCAGUGUCCUGAGCCGUCCCAGUGUCACCAGUGCGACCAGUGCCACCAGUAUCCUCAGUGGUCCCAAUGUUGCCAGUGUCCUGAGCCGUCCCAGUGUCACCAGUGCGACCAGUACUCCCAGUGUCACCAGUGUGCUGAGCCGCCUCACUGCAACCAGUGUCACCAGUGCCACCAGUGCGACCAGUACUCCCAGUGUCACCAGUAUCCUCAGUGGUCCUAAUGUCGCCAGUGUCCUGAGCCGUCCCAGUGUCACCAGUGCUCCCAGUGCCACCAGUAUCCUCAGUGGUCCUAAUGUCACCAGUGUCCUGAGCCGUCCCAGUGUCACCAGUGCGACCAGUGUCCUCAGUGGUCCCAGUGUCACCAGCGUCCUGAGCCGUCUCACCGCAACCAGUGUCACCAGUGCGACCAGUAUCACCAGUGUCCUCGGGGGUCCCAGUGUCACCAGUGUCCUGAGCCGUCCCAGUGUCACCAGUAUGACCAGUGCAACCAGCGUCACCACUGUGCUGAGCCGCCCCAGUGUGACCAGUGCUCCCAGUGUCACCAGUGUGACCAGUCCUGGACGUGUCCUCGUCGCUCCCAGUGCCGGUGCCACCAUCGCCACCAGUUUGACCAGUGCCGGACGUGUCCCCAGCGCUCCCAGUAGCACCAGUAUGAUCAGCGCUCCCAGUAUCGCCAGUGCUGGAUGUGUCCCCAUUGCCACCAGUGCAACCAGUGGCACCAGUGCCACCAUCGUGCCCAUGGAAUCCAGGACCACCAGUGGCACCAGUGCUCCCAGUAUCACCGUUGCACCUAAGGACACCAGUGGCACCAGUGCUCCCACUAUCACUAUUGCUCCUAAGGACACUGGUGCUCCCAGUGGCACCAGUCUGACCAGUGCUCCCAGUAUCAUCGUUGCUCCUAAGGAUACAAUUGUUCCCAAUGGUACCAGUGCUCCCAGUAUCACCGUUGCUCCUAAGGAUACAAUUGGUCUCAAUGCCCCCAGUCUGACCAGUGCUCCCAGUAUCAUCGUUGCUCCUAAGGAUAACAGUACUCCCAGUAUCACUGUUACUCCUAAGGAUGCCAUUGCCACCAGUGCAACCAGUCUGACCAGUAUCACUGUGGCUCCCAAGGAUACUGGUGCUCCCAGUAGCACCAGUCUGACAAGUGCUCCCACUAUCACCAUUGCUCCUAAGGAUACCAGUGCUCCCAGUGGUACCAGUGCUCCCAGUAUCACUGUUGCUCUUAAGGACACCAGUGCUCCCAGUACCACCAUUGCUCCUAAGGAUACCAGUGCUCCCAGUGCUGUCACCAUUGCUUCUAAGGAUACCAUUGUUCCCAGUGGCACCAGUGCUCCCAGUAUCACUGUUGCUCCUAAGGACACCAGUGCUCCCAGUACCACCAUUGCUCCUAAGGAUACCAUUGCUUCCAGUGGCACCAGUGCUCCCAGUGGCACCAGUCUGACCAGUGCUCCCAGUAUCACCGUUGCUCCUAAGGACACCAGUGCUCCCAGUGGCACCAGUCUGACCAGUGCUCCCAGUAUCACCGUUGCUCCUAAGGACACCAGUGCUCCCAGUGGCACCAGUCUGACCAGUGCUCCCAGUACCACCAUUGCUCCUAUGGAUACCAGUGCUCCCAGUGCUCCCAGUAUAACCAAGGCCGCCGCGGACACCACAGCCAGCGCCCCCCCUCCGGACACCAGCACCGCUGACGUCACUGCUGACGUCACCGCUGACGUCACGGCCACGCCCAAGGGAGGCUCCUCCUCCUCCUCAUCCUCAUCCUCUUCAUCCUCGUCCUCUUCUUCCUCCUCCUCCUCCUCAUCCUCCUCCGACUCCGACUCCAGCUCCAGCUCCUCCGAGUCCGGCCCCCCCUCACCGGCCGCGCCUGGCCCCGCCCCCGACGGGUAA